AUGCAGGAGGGUCCACCUCCGCCUGCCGAGCUCGCCGCCGCCGCGGCGGCCACGAUCGCACCACCGGCCUCGCCGCCCUCCUACUCCUCCUCGUCGUCUUCGCCGUCGCCGGCUUCGCUCACGCCCUCGCCCAACUCCCACUCGCCGUCGACCUCGUCGUCAUCGCCCCCAUCCGCGCCGCCGAGCACGCCCUCGUCCACGUUCAGCGCACACUCGUCUUCAUCUUCGUCUUCAUCGUCGCCGCCGUCGCCCUCUUCGUCGCCCGACCGGCGGCCACGACGCCAGCACAGCCACAAGCGGAAGGCCGAGAUCGACAUAGCGCCCACCAUCGCCCGGUCAACAUCUUCUUCCCGGCCCACAUCAACAUCAACGUCGGCAUCAACGUGGGCCUCAACAUCUUCGUCAUCGGCGUCAUCGUCAUCGUCGGCGCCGCCCUCCCCGACGAUGAUGGACGGCGUGGUCGCGAAGCGCGCCCGGGCCGGGGCGGCCAUGGCCCAGCUCAAGGACGGACUGAUGCGAACACCCGCCACGUCAUCGCCACCACCACCAACGUCGUCGUCGUCGUCGUCAUCUUCAUCUUCGUCGUCAUCGUCGUCUUCGAGCGAGCCCCAGCAGCGAAAGAAGAAGCGACCGCGGACGAGAGAUUCGGCGUCGCGGCACCACCACCAACAGCAGCAGAGGCAGCGGCAGCGGCAGGACGCGUCGUACGAGGCCCUGCGGCACCACCACAACAACGGCGGGCGGCUCGAGUUCGGGAUGCUGCCGGAGGAGGUCCAGCUGCACAUCUUCGCCUUCGUGCUCGAGUCGCUGCCGCUCGUGUGCCGCAACUGGCACCAGCUCACCACCGACGACUCCCUCUGGCGCGCCCUCUACACCCGACACUUUGGUGGGGCGAGAGAGUGGCAGCGCGAGCGGCCGUGGAAGGCCGAGUGCAUCGCCCUGAUGCGCCACGUGCAACGCAUGGAGAGCGACUCGCAAGCCAAGAUCAACAAACUCCUGGACGAGUACAAGGCCAAGAUCCUCGACGAGGAGCGCAGGAAUCGACAGCAGCAGUUUGUGUGGGCGUGUAAGCACGGACACAUUCGCAAGGUGGUCGAUCUGUACUCCAAGUACGCCUCCAUCCUCAACAUCAACCUCCUGUUCAUCUCGGACCAGUACCAGAGAACACCGUUGAUGGCCGCCGUGGAGGGCGGACACAUCGAAGUGGUGAGGUUUCUCGUGUUAAACCAGGCCAAGGUUAACGCGUCCACUCCCGCGGGAUGGACAGCAAACAAGGGAAAGUCUGACGAAGUCGAAUUCCUGGUGGCGCAUGGGGCCGACGUGAACGCCACGACCACGGGCGGAUGCACGGCCCUCAUGUUCGCCUCGGAGAAGGGACACCUGGGAAUCGUCGACUUUCUCCUCGCCCACUCCGCCCAGGUCAACAUCGCCUCCAGCAAGGGGUGGACGGCGUUGAUCAUCGCGGCGAACAAGGGCCACCACCAGAUCGUGUCGAGCCUUCUGGCCAAGCAAGCCGACGUGACCGCCGCCACCAACGACGGCCUCACCGCCCUCAUGACCGCCUCCUACAAGGGCCGUGAGUCGGUGGUCCAGCUGCUCCUGACGGUGGACGCCAACGUGAACGCCACCGCCAACCUGGGCGUCACUGCGCUCAUGGGCGCCGCCGACAAGGGGCAUGCCAAGAUCGUGGCGCUGCUUCUGGCGCACGGCGCGAACGUGAACGCGAUCACCAACGACGGCUGGACGGCGCUGAUGGGCGCCGCAGACAACGGGCACACGGAGAUCGUACGUUUGCUGCUGGCCAAGGACGCCAACAUCCACGAGGUGCGCCACAACGGCGACACGGCCCUCAUCGUCGCCACCGACCGCGGCCACACCGAAGUGGUGCGCCUCAUCGAGGAGAAGCGGCGGCAGGAGGAAGACGAAGCAGCAGCCCGCCAUUCUUCUUCUUCUUCUUCGACCUCCUCCGGCCCGUGA